GUCCGCGUGACAAAAAGGGUUUAAUGCUUUCCAGAUGCACCCAAUCUAGAAGUCUGCGACGCAAGAGUAUGAGGAUAUACACUUUCAAUAUUUUUUAAUCGCGCCAGAAGAGAUAUACGCGCCCUCUGUUCAGGUCCAGGAGGAUAUGGUCAGGCGCCGAUUUUUUGGUCGAGUCUUUAUGAGACUCCAUGUCUCUUGCAGUGCCUAAACUACGAUCGUAGCCGCUGUGCUCACUCACUUUCCUCCGGACACCAUGAUGAAAACUGCAUCUGUUAUUGUAAUCAUCAUCAUAUGUGCUUCUCAGACAACGGGUAAGAAGACGAGGUGGUGCACUGUGUCUGAGGUCGAGCAGAGAAAGUGUGCGGAACUGUCCAAAGCUUUAGUGGCUGUUUUGCCUCCAGCGGCUGUGGCUGCGUUUGCCAGGCUGUCCUGCGUCAGGGCCUCUGGCACGGCAGACUGUAUCGACAAAAUUAGGGCCAAUCGUGCCGACAUUGUGACAUUGGAUGCAGGAGAGGUUUACACUGCAGUUAAGCAGUUCGGCCUCACUGCUGUGGCUAAAGAAAUCUACGAGGAUGGUGGCUGUAUCCUGGCGGUGGCGGUGGUGAGGAACAGCAGUGAGGGCGAGGGCCUGGAUAUGCGCUCUCUGCAGGGGCGCAGGAGCUGCCACAGUGGGGCGCGCUGGACCGCCGGCUGGAGCCUCCCCCUGGGGCACCUCAUGUCCCGAAACCUGCUGCCCUGGGCAGAGGAGGAGCCCUUUAGCCAUGCGGUGAGUCACUUCUUCAGUGGCAGCUGUGUGCCUGGGGCGGCCUCCCUGACGCCCAAGCUCUGUGGCCUGUGCCAAGGGCAAAGGUCAUAUGUUCGCCACCGCAACUUCCACUGCGAAACGUCUCAUAGCGAACCCUUCUACAACAAUGAAGGAGCAAUCAGAUGUCUUAAAACAGGGGCAGGAGAUGUAGCAUUCGUGGACCACACUGUUCUUCAGAGCAUUGAGGAGAAUGAGAGGGGAGACUACAAGUUGCUGUGUACGGACGGCCUGAGCGCUCCUCUGGAUGACUACAGGAGGUGUAACCUGGGCAGGGGGCCUGGAGGGGCAGUCGUCACGCGCAUGAACUACCGCAAGGUGGCCCGCAAAUUCCUCACAGCAUCAGUGAUGGCGUUUGGCUUGCGAGGAAGGGAGAAACACAGAUUCCAGCUGUUUGAUUCCACGCCAUUUGGCACCAGUGAUCUGCUGUUCAAGGACGUGACGGAGAAGCUUGCCAUCCUCCCCGAUGACAUGGACAUCAGUCAGGUGCUCGGCCUGGACUACGUGGCUCUUCUGAAAGGCCUCGGACACGAAGGUAGCUCUCUGGAGGACAGUGUGGUGCGCUGGUGCUGCAUCAGCCAUGCGGAACAGAAGAAGUGUGAGCGCUGGGCUCUGAGCAUCAAGUCCGACCCUCUGGUGUGUGUGAGGGCUGCCUCCAUGAGUGACUGCAUCGAGAAGAUCAAGAGAGAUGAAGUAGACGCUGUGUCCUUGGAUGCCACACACACCUUCAUUGCUGGGAAGUGUGGUCUUGUUCCCGUGGUGACCGAGUACUACGGGGAGAAAUGUGAGGAUCCAGGAUCAACCCAUUUUGAGACUGACGAGCUGCCCCCUGUGUGGGCCGUGGCCCUGGUGCGGCGCUCCAGCCGGAGUGUGAACCUGGGCAGCCUGGGGGGCCGGCGCUCCUGCCACGGACACAUGUACAGCCCCGCAGGCUGGCUGCUGCCCGUGCGCCAGCCCCUCAGCUACGAGCACAACUCCACCUCCACUUCCUGCCCCAACCCCAACCAAGCGUACUCCAAGGUCUUCUGGAAGGGCUGUCUUCCUGGCGCACGUGAUAAUAAUCUCUGCAAGGUCUGCAUGGGGGGUACAGGGGAGGCAGCCACUAAGCGCUGCGCCGACAACCACAAUGAACGCUACUACGGAAACAUGGGCACUCUGAGGUGUCUCGUAGGAGAUCCCACUGGAAAGAGUUAUGGUGAUGUGGCUUUUUUGGAGCACCACAACUUGGAGGAUAACAUCCUGCGGCUGAACUCCACUGGCUGGGCGGAGGGCUGGGUGCCCUGGGACUUUGAGCUGCUGUGUGAAGGGGGUGGCCGUGCGUCCCUCUCCGACUGGCAGAGCUGUAACUUGGGGGCAGUGCCACCCAACACCGUCAUGACCCGACCCGUACUCACCGCACGCAUCUAUGACUUCCUCAUGAAGUCUCAGGAAACUCUGGCAGCUCAUCCAAACUCAGAGUUUCAGCUGUUUGACUCUCUUGAGUAUGGCGAGAGUGAUUUGCUCUUCAAAGACGCCACACGCUGCCUGGUCCACACAAGUCACAAGGACUUCCAGACCAUCCUUGGAGAGGAGUUCUACAGACAUGCCGAAGAUGUCUUCAACUGCACACCUGCAGAUAUUUUGGAGUUCUGCAACCAGGAUGUUUGCAGUAUUUUUUAAUCAAGAUGGCGACAGAAUUAAGAGAGAAACCUCCUCCACCCUGUGGGUCCA